GCAGCGGCAGCACCUCUGGCUCGCGCUCUCCCUCCGCCAACCGCCGGCUCGCGCGCCCGAGUUCGUAGAUGGGGCUGAGCGGCCGCCGCUGAGCAGGGGACGGGGAGGGGCAGCCGGAGCCAGCCGCCAUGCAGCAGGUCCUGGAUAACCUUACUGAUCUGCCGACAUCGACAGGUGCUGAAGAAAUAGACCUGAUUUUUCUUAAAGGAAUUAUGGAAAACCCUAUUGUAAGAUCACUUGCUAAGGCUCAUGAGCGACUGGAAGAUUCUAAACUUGAGGCUGUCAGAGACAACAACCUGGAGCUGGUGAAUGAAAUUAUUGAAGACAUCAGUCCCUUAGUAAAUAAAGAUGAAAAUAUUGCUGAAUUGGUUGGAAUACUCAAGGAGCCUCAUUUUCAGUCACUCUUGGAGGCACAUGAUAUUGUGGCUUCAAAAUGUUAUGAUUCACCACCUUCUAGCCCAGAAGUCAAUAAUUCUUCAGUGAACAACCAGAUUGUUCCAGUAGAUGCUAUUCGUAUCCUAGGAAUUCACAAAAGAGCGGGAGAACCACUGGGUGUUACGUUUCGAGUUGAGAACAAUGACCUGGUAAUAGCACGAAUUCUUCAUGGUGGGAUGAUAGAUCGACAAGGUCUUCUGCAUGUAGGUGACAUUAUUAAAGAGGUGAAUGGCCACGAGGUUGGAAACAAUCCAAAGGAAUUGCAAGAACUGCUGAAAAAUAUUAGUGGCAGUGUCACUCUGAAGAUUCUCCCCAGCUACAGAGAUACUGUUAUUCCUCAACAGGUUUUUGUGAAGUGUCAUUUUGAUUAUAAUCCAUAUAAUGACAACCUCAUCCCAUGCAAAGAAGCAGGUUUGAAAUUUUCUAAGGGAGAAAUUCUACAGAUUGUAAACCGGGAAGAUCCAAACUGGUGGCAGGCUAGUCAUGUCAAAGAAGGAGGAAGUGCAGGUCUUAUUCCUAGCCAGUUCCUGGAAGAGAAGAGAAAGGCCUUUGUUAGGAGGGAUUGGGACAACUCAGGGCCUUUCUGUGGAACAAUAAGCAGCAAAAAAAAGAAAAAGAUGAUGUAUCUCACUACAAGAAAUGCAGAAUUUGAUCGCCAUGAAAUCCAGAUCUAUGAGGAAGUAGCCAAAAUGCCUCCUUUUCAGAGGAAAACACUGGUCUUAAUUGGGGCCCAAGGAGUGGGGCGAAGAAGUUUGAAGAACAGGUUUAUAGUACUGAAUCCUACUAGGUUUGGAACUACAGUGCCAUUUACUUCACGAAAGCCAAGGGAUGAUGAAAAGGAUGGGCAAGCAUACAGAUUUGUGUCACGAGCUGAAAUGGAAAUGGAUAUUAAAGCUGGCAGAUAUUUAGAGCAUGGAGAAUAUGAAGGAAAUCUUUAUGGCACCAAAAUUGAUUCCAUCCUUGAAGUUGUUCAGACAGGAAGGACCUGUAUCUUAGAUGUGAAUCCACAGGCUCUGAAAAUAUUGAGGACUUCAGAAUUCAUGCCCUAUGUAGUGUUUAUUGCCGCUCCAGAGUUGGAGACGUUGCGUGCUAUGCACAAGGCGGUGGUAGAUGCUGGAAUUACAACCAAACUUCUCACUGACACCGACUUGAAAAAAACCGUGGAUGAAAGCGCACGGAUCCAGAGAGCGUACAACCACUAUUUUGAUCUGACCAUUGUAAAUGACAACCUUGACAAAGCCUUUGAGAAGCUGCAGACAGCUAUCGAGAGACUGAGGCUGGAACCCCAGUGGGUCCCUAUUAGCUGGGUAUAUUGAGAUCCCCCAGGAGGAGCUUCAGGAACAAAUAAAAUCAACUGCAGCAAAGAGGCUGUUGUGAUGUUGUGUAGAUACUGACAACAACCUGAGGCACCUGUGCGUUUUUACUCUGUGUAUAUUCAAAAGUACACUGUUCUGAAUUUUUAUAAAAAUGUUGAAGUGAAAGUGUACUUAAAUAUGUAAUUUAUUUUAAUUUUUCUAACUUUUUACAGAUAACCUUUCUAUUCAUAUCCCAUGGAGGAAAUGCGUUUAAGCAUUUUUAUAUGUUUUGAUUUAGUACCUUUGCCUUUUUCAUCUAAGAAACUUUUGGUCAUUCACUUCAACAUUUAUGUCUUGGUCUUACAUUUUCACUGUGAUUAAAAAAAGGAUACUUGAAACAAUUUUUGUAAAACUUGUUAACGUCAGUAUUCAACUGGUCAAAAGUCUCUAGCUCUUAAUCAGGAAAGGACACUAAUUUCUUUGGGUUGUGGUUAGGUUGGUUUUUUUUUCCUUCCUUAAAAGAAUAACUACUUCACGGGGGCAGAAUUUUAAAUAUUAAAAGCAGCAACCAACACACAGCUCCAUUGCUCCAGCAUCUUUCAGCUUAAUGUUGGUGCAUUCUUGAUCUUCCACAAAUUCUUGAUGUCUCCUGAUUUAAACAACCGUUGUGUAGGUUCCCUUACAUGUGUCUCUUGAAAUAACACAAAGCAAUACCUUGCAAGCAGAUUAUUAGGCUGUUCUUGAGAGCCAACCUCUUAGCCCAUUAUUGUUGAAAUACUGACAUUAGAAAGCUUUUAUGCAAGGUAAUUCAGUGCAAUUUGAAUAAUGGUAAAGUAGCCUGAGAGAGAACCUGAUGAUGUGGAGCCUUGUAGAGUAACACAAUGUUUAGGACUGUUUAUUCACACUUGUGAAAACACAUUGCUUAGAAAAAACAAAACAAAACCAACAACAAAAAAAACCAACAAGGCAUUUUCUUUCCUUAGGACAUUGUUUUAUAUUUUAUAGUGAUCUGUGGCUUAAUUUCCUGUGAGAUCUAGCUGGAUUCUAUAUUAUCUUUUUGAGUAUUUGUGUGUGAUCAACUGCUGUAUUUUUAUGAGUCUGAUGUAAUGGAAUUUCUGUGCUUUUUGUUACAUUGUUUUUAAUUGCAUUUUCAUUAGGUAGCUUGGGAAUUGGAAGCUUACUGCUAAAAAGCAAUGUUGUUUAUAGCUUUUUGUUUUGCAGCAUAUUUAUUUCCCUUUGUUUAGUGACAGUUCUCUCCUCAAUAGGCUCAUUGAUAGAAUUCAUAUUAGAAUCACAUAGAAUCAUAGCACCAGGUUGGAAGGGACCUCAAGCAUUGUCUGGUCCAACCUUUAAAGGUUGAACCUUUUAGGGUCAAGUUCACAGAUCAAAACUUAUGCUGAUGUAAAUUUCUGCUGAGCGAGAACAAAGCUUAGCUUGUCACUAAGACUAGUGCUUUUUGCGACCGUAUUUUAUAUUAGAAUGUCAGCUGUUGUAUAUAGUAACAUUCACCAUCACUCACCAGGUUAGGUGUCUAAACUGAAAUAAUCUAUUUGUUUAACUUCCAUCUGGUGAAAGACACCUGGCUUCUGAAUUCUUUUUUGACACCAAAGCGUGAUGCAGAAUGCUAUCAAAAGGCAAAUUCCUCAGAACUGUUUAUGAAGGAAGAGAGGCUUACACACCAUAGAACAGUAUUGCUUCCUGGGGCUCUUAAAGACUUCUGUGUGCACAAGGGAAAAAAAUGGACUUGAUGUAGUAUGGGAAAAGUGUAAGUCUCAAAAAACCCUCAAUCACCAGUAUAAUCCUUAUGAUUUUAAAAAGCCUAUAAAGUUGGUUGUUGUGGGGGGAAAUGGGCAAGGGGGCUUUUUGAGGUCCCAGUGUUACGUGGGAAAUGUUAGUGGAAACUGUAUAGCACAGGUAAUUGUUGUGGCUCUUUAUAGUGAUACUUUGAGGGAAUCUGAAAUUCUUUCAGGAAAACCUGUACCACUACUUUGUUUCAUUGUUACACUUUUCAAGAUGUGUUUUCUCUGGUUUUGCUUUCAGUUGGGCACAGCUUUUAACAGUGACACCAGCAUGAGACUUAUUUUCCUUACCCAGGAGAUACCUUCUGUGAUCCUAUCGCUCAGAGGCUGCUCUGAGCAAUGGAUCGGGUGUUGUAUGUAGCAGCAAUCACAGCAGAGCCAGUGCUUGACUAUUUUAAUGAUUUGCUAUUGGCAUUACAUGCUGAAGGUGACCAAACUGUGUUUGUAUUCUGUGUAAUAGGAAACCUACAUAUGCUGUAAAUAAGAUGUGCUCCCUGAUGCCUUUUCAUCGAGUUAGAAAAUACUCUAGUUGUGAUGCCAAAAGUGGGCUGAGCUCACUCUUCCCUAAUGAAUGGAAUGACAAGAUUCUUGUUUCCACACCAUAGUACUUCACACUGCAAAUAUAAUUCAUUUUCAUCAGUUUUUUUUUUCAUACAUUUACUUAACCAAAUGAAAUACAAGCACCAAGGUGUAGUCAUGAAAACCUCUAUGCUCCUUCUCUUUCUAUCCCAGAAGGGAUACUGUUGAAAGAGCCUCCCAAGCUGGCAGUCUCCAAACAGCCAUGCAUUUGCAGAAGCCUCGAGCUUUGGCUUUGGCUGCAGGUUCACAGAGUGUUGUUAAAUCAAGCAGUUAGCACAGUGGAGCCCAGUGGCUGAUGAUUUGGUGGUGUCAGUGUAGAUGCUAGUGAGAAGUACAAUCCUGAAGCAAUAAGAGAAGAUGGCUUGCUUAGGUUGCAUGCAAAGAGCAUACCAAAGUGUCUGUGGGUUUUCAUGAGAUGUCCACAUGCAGGUUGUAAGGGGGAAAAAACCCCAACCCAAACACCACACUUCUUGGAUCUACUAAUGAAAUCUUGAAAACUCAGAGUGCAGAUUGGUGGGUAUAUAAUGUUGGGGUGGGAUGGGGAAUUGGUUUCGUUUUGUAGUGGUGGGUUUUGGUUUGGUUUUUUUACAUAAUCUGAUUUUCAUCAGAUAGUCUUAGUUUGUCACUACCUGGUAGGAUGACUAGCAUGAGAAAGACAGUUACUUUUUUCAAAAAAAGAACAUUCUUGGAGGGUCUUAGAAUGAUGGUGCCAUUUCAGUCAUAUAUGUAGCAGUGACAGUCUCUGCCUGUUAGGGCAUGCUACAUCAGGUGUUAGAGACCUGUACAUUGUGCAAUUAGGGGAGAAAGACACUACGAAAGGAUAGUUUUGAACAAGUAAAAAUUUCACAUAACAGCUGCUUUUGCUUAUUGUGGGGGAGAGGUUUAAAAUAAUUAGAAUUUAAUGUAUUUUAUUCAUUUUCCAAAUACUAACAGGAAAACUUUUUACAUUGACUGUUAACGAUAACGAUAGGUGUGUCUGAGCGAAGUGAAGAUGCUGCUAAAUGUUUAAGAUAUGUGGUAUGUAUCAGAAGAUAAAUAUUUAAGUAGUUUAGAAAAGUAAAUUAUCAAAUAGUUGUCUAUGUAUAUGUAUGUAUGUGGAUGGUAAAACAAAAAAAUGCUCAUGUCUGCUAUCACUUUACUAAGCUACAAUGACUUAGUCCAGGAAUGUACCUGCAUGUGAGACUUUAGAACUGGUACACUUCUCUACCUGGUUUAUUGUGUUUACUAAUGUAUAUUUUUCUAAAUAUACAGAUAUUUCAACCUAAAAAUUCUAUAUUUAUCUGUAAUUUCUAUCUGGUUUGGACAGUGCAUGAGGUGCUGUAAAAUUCUGUACAUACAGAGACUUAUAGAAGAAACACUGUAGUUGCCCUGUGAAUGAAAAGUUAUACAUAAAAGUACAGUCAGUAUGCCAAGACCCAUAGGUUAUUUCCUUAAAUGCACCCAAAAUUCCCUUAAGCGUGCACCAGUCUCAAUUUUAAUGUAAAUACUUUGGUGCAUGUGUACCCAAGUGAUUACCUUGCUAUCUGUAAAUGUUACACUAGCAGGUCUUUAGGUUCUACAUCAUGUGGCAAGAUGCAGUCAAUUAAAAUUUAAUAGGAUAACGGGAUAUGUCAUCUUGCAUAGAUUUAUAAAGGUCUUUUUAAAUGUUCUGCAAAUAUAAAAUGAUGGUAAAAUUGGAGCAGAUCACUGCCUGACACUGGUGAGGGCAGCCGCAUGUGUAACCAAGGCAGUGCACUCAGCCCGACAAAGCUUUGUGGAGCAGGAUGGCAGAUCAGCUCAUCACUUCUGAAUUUGUGUUUAGAUAAACUGUCACAUCUUGGAUAGGCUAAAAAUGUGACACUUCUUUCCCAAUCCUCUGAACAAUUCUAACUCCUCUUAAAAUCGUACCUACAUGACCUGCAGUACCAGUUGCCUGCAGCUCAGUGUUCAGGAAGUCACCAGUUUUUUGUUUGUUUUGAUGCAGAAGUAGGAAACUAGGAAUAAAUAUGAAACUUUUAAACACAGAAAAUUCCUCACUAGUUCCCCUUUGGAGCCAGGCUUAUCUUUGAUAUGCUUAAGGACCAGUGGAGAAGGCUCAAGUAGAGCACCACUCCAGAAAUCAGGAGACUGGGAUUAUUACCUGUCUUCACACAAGCUAAUUUUGUGAACACAAAUUCAAACUUCCUUUACCUAUUCCUUGGUUUUCCAUCCGGUCUUUAUUGCUCUUGCUUCUUCAUUCAGGCUGAACUUUGAGGCAGAUGCUGUUGCUCAGCACAUCUGUAGUGCCUCCUGCAGUAGCUCGAUUCCCCGUCACUCGUGCCUGUAGGUACAGCUUUCAGACAAACCACAGCUGGUCUGCUGCAUCUACCAUGCAAAUGUAUAUGGGCCAUUUCCUUCAUGUAGGGCUUCCUGCCUCACCCAAAUCCUGAAGAGCUGCAAGUACUGCAUUGUUAUUGCCAAACUUCUGAUACUGCUUUUGCAAAAGUUGUGAGAAAUCAGUUUAUUGAUGUCUAGGUACUGGUUAUUAGACACAAAGACUUGUAGUCGCUAGGCCUCUUGCCUUAAGUACCCUGCCAGCUGUCAGUCCCUGCCUCUCCUGGGCUGCUCAAAGGAUUUCCAUAGUUAAAAGGUACUUUCAUUUGCUUUCUCUGGUGGACUGUCAUUUCUGAAGGUGGUGAAGUCCUGGCCCAAUUUUUUAAUUAUUUUGCUACCUUUCUUUUUUGGCCUAAACGUCUUGGUUUUCAUGUAUGUUUAACAAGCUCCUGAGGGGAAUUGUAUGAGAUUCUCAGCUUGUGUCUUGUAGAGGAACUAGUGGUCAAUACGAGCAUUGAUAUUUAAGACUGGUAGAGCUUAUGUUUUCAGGCCCAAGACAGAUACUAGGGGGGGGAAGGAGGGGAGAUGAGGAAAGUUGUAAAAUAACACUUGUAAAAUAACCAAUUUUCAGAGGCAGCUUUGGCUUCCAAACAGGAGAAGUACCCAUCUGUGUGCACACUCAUGUAGACGCAUAAAUAAAACCCAGGGGUAAGUACCCUGAGCAAUUCAGGCAGUAUGUGCUAAUUUACCCGAGUUCUCCGUUGUGGGAUGCUGUGCCACAGACUGUCACAUGCUGAGCUGCUGCAUUCCUGGUUCAGUUGCUGGGGCUGGAAUUCACCUGUUCAGGAUUUAAAACAAGCUCCAGCUUGGUGAAAGCUAUGAAGCAAUUUCACCUCCAAUGACUUUUUUUUUUUUAAGCAAAGUCUCAGCAGUACUUGUAUAGAAUAAAUUACACUUUAAAGUAGAUGUGAAUUUUGUUCUCAGUAUUUGUAAACCUUACUCAUGCCAGGGAGGUAUGGAGUUCCUUUUGCUGCCCAGGCAGUGGUUGGAUGUGGGAUAUAUACUGACCAACCUGCCAGGCUAAUGUAAUUUGAGUAGUCCUGGAAAUACUGUCUCCUGUUUAAUCUCGUUCCUUUUAAUGUCAUUAGCUCCAUGCUAGUGCUUGUCCAUGCAAGUCUGGCUGUCCUCACAGCUCAUCCAAGUAUUACUCCCUAAGUAGUCAACAUUUUCCUAGAAUACAGUAAAACUUCUUCCAAAACCCCAGAAUCUUCUCCGGUAUUGACCUCUUCUGUGAUACAGUGUAGGGCAAAAUGCACAGUGCUGCUUUGUACAGUUCAGGGUUGGGGUGGCAGCAAAAUUCUUGGCUGCCAAUUUUUUUUUUUCCUGUUUGAUUUUUAUUGGUUUAGGUUUUGUACACAAUUAUAUAUGGAGAUAACUGUUGAAAUGUAUUUUUCCCUCUUUAAAACAUGCAUGUUGCACAUUCUUUCCCCUCCCCCGGGGCCCUCAUCAUGUAUUGCCUGUGAGUACCAUAAACAUGCUGUGGUGUCAGAAGGGGAGGCUGCUUCCUUGGGUUUUAACAUACAAGAAAGUUUGCUGUUCUCCCACCCUGAACUGUGCUAAGCCCUGUAAAACCCUGGUGAAGUGUUUGGAUUUACAUGUGUAUUAGAGUCUGUCACCGUGCAUUUCUGACCCUGCUUGUUCUCACAACUCUUUUUGCUUAUUGGAAGCUCUGGUGGGAUUUUUUUUUUCUUUUACUGUAUAUUAAACUGGAUUUGACAUCUGUAAAACUUUAAAAACUGCUCUCCUUUAGCUGAAAACACCCUGCCAAAAAUUGUAACCAUUAGCUAAACUUUCUAAUGUAAACAUGAAGAUGAUUUAGUACCUAAUUGUUAUUUGAAUACAAUCCUGUACAGCAGGCCUAGGAGAUGGGGCUUGUUAGCAUUUUGACUUCAUAUUGAUCAAGUCAGCUAAUACAUGGACAUUUUUAAAUUGUGAGUUGUUUUCUAAAACCCCUGUUGUCUUUUUCACAGCUAAUAUUUUCACAAUAAACACAGCCAAACAAAAUGUUAAUGUACAAAUUGUGAAAUUCUGUUAAUUCCCAACAAAAUAUUUUUGUAUAUAAUAAAGAUUUAAUAUUGAAAAAACA